UUUGGCAACAACUUGUAAUAACAAGAAGUAAACAUUAAAAUUUUUGACCUUCGCAAUGUGUUUUGUGAUAUAAUGUAAACUUAAAAUAUUUAAAAAUAAUCAUGACGUUGAGUAAGAUAUUCAAUCCAACUAGCCGAUGUGUGGCUCUAAAAUUGCGACAAAGGAAUCAUCAUGCUACAUGCGCAAGUGUUGCGUACUUAACAGAUAUACAAGGGCUUAGUUUUUCUACACAUCGCAACAAUGCCUUUUGCCGUCAUUAUACACAUCAGUCAAAACUUUUUUUUGAAAAAUUUAGUCGCUUCCCAAGUACUUCUGUCAAUUUUGUUUCAUGCAUGUCAACAACUUCAAACGAAAAGUUUCAGGUUAUUUACACUGAUCCCAAAAACGUGUCUACAACUUCUACUGAAUCAUCAUCCUUUGUUCAGGAUUCAACAGCACUAACUGAUCUUACUCUUCCUACAACUGAUGUUGUAGAAUCUGUAUCAGCUAUAUCAAGUACCCUUGAGAAAGUUGUGGAACCAUCAUUGGCUAGCUUGGACCUAGGCCACUGGACACCUGUUGGGUUGGUGCAAAUGUUCUUAGAGUAUUUGCAUAUUCAGUGUGACAUGCCAUGGUGGUUGGCAAUAGUAGCAUGUACAGUUACUGCUAGAAUUUUGUUAGUGCCGUUAUUAAUUAAAACACAGAGGAAUGCCAUCAAUAUGAGCAAUCAUAUGCCACAGCUCCAAUUCUUGCAGAUGAAAUUUGGAGAAGCGAGACGGACUGGCAACAGUGUUGAAGCUUCUAGGUAUGCAACUGAAAUUAUGUAUUUCAUGAAAGAGCACAAAAUUAGUCCUUUGAAAAAUGCAAUGUUGCCAAUGUUGCAGGCACCAGUUUUCCUGUCAUUUUUUCUUGGACUGAGAGCAAUGGCCAAAGCUCCCGUUGAAAGCAUGAAAGAGGGUGGCAUAUGGUGGGCAACGGAUUUAACUAUUCCAGAUCCUAUUUAUGUAAUGCCAAUCAUCGCAUGUGGCACUCUAUAUAUCGUAUUGAAGAUUGGUGCUGAAUCCGGAGUAAAACUGGAAAACCUGAAACUUGCUAAAUAUUUUGUACAAGCAAUGCCUGUUAUUGCUCUACCUUUUUGCAUUAAUUUCCCAGCUGCUGUUCUUUAUUAUUGGUGUGCAAAUAAUUUCUGCACUUUGGGAAUAGUUUCAAUUCUGAAGCUUGAGCCAGUUCGUAAAUAUUUGAACUUGCCAAAACAGGUUCCAGUAGAUCCGCAGUUCAUGCUUCCGAAAAAAGGAUUUGUGAAAGGAGUAAAGGAUGCUAUUGAAGAUCAGAGAGUUUUAGCUGCUGUCGAAGACAGGAGGAAGACUGAUGAAAUAAGAUUCCAAAAAUCUGGUACUGGACCAGUGCCUAGGACUUAUGCUUAUGAUCCAACAAAACCUAGACCAGCUAAUGCUGCUGCCGCAGCGAGUCGAAAUAUAUCUAGUAGAAGUCACAAAACAUAAAAUAUGUCACAUUGUAAAUAAAAUAGUUUUAAUUCUG